GUUUGUUCGAUGACCACUGGCGUGAUGCAAUAAUUCGCCUUUGAAGUAAACAUGGAGUCGUCGAUAAGGCUUGUGGUUAAAACUCCGAACCAAAGAUUCAAGGAUAUUCACAUUGAUUGUGACCUUGGAUGGACUGUAAAAAAGGUGAAAGAGUAUCUAGCUGAUGCACAUCCAACGAACCCGGAAACCAUUUCACAGAGGCUUAUUUAUUCUGGGCACUUGUUAAAAGAUGAGCAACAGCUUAAGGAAGUACUUAGUAAGGAGCAUGAAUCACACACACUCCACAUUGUUUGUCCAAGUGCAUCUGAAGCAAACACGAGUGAGAACCAAUCAAAUGGGACACCAUCAAGGACGGCGAAUCAAUCAAAUGAUGCAAAUCUACCUGAGAGUGAAGGAGUAAGGCAUAGAAACAUUGGUAAUUCAAGUCAAAAUGCUGGUGCUCCAAUGUAUGGAGGUUGGACAACAUAUAAUAGUCAAUAUGAAGCAUACUGGCGAAAUUAUUAUGAAGCAAUGUAUAGAAAUUUUCAUUCAUCGAGCCAAAUACCAGUCCAUCAGAUGCCUGGAGCCUCAGCAGCUAACAGUUUUUAUCAAUGGCAAAUGAAUAUGUAUGCAAUGUACAAUCAGAGGACUAGUAGUUACCCACUCACCAAUGCCAUGUCACAGCCACCUUCUCCUAUCACACCUCACACGUUUCCUGCUACACCAAACCUUGAGCAAGCUCACCAAGGCGCUGGUUUGAAUGAGCAGCCAGAUGGUGGACAGCCUCCUGUUAAUGUGCCUGGGCAACAGGAAGCAGUUGGUGCCAAUAAUGCACAGAGAAAUGCAAAUGUGCCCAUGAAUGCUGGAGGUGCCAUGUUUGAUGAUGAGGAUGAGAAUGGAGAUGGGCGACGUGACUGGCUUGAUUGGGUCCAUACGUUUCUGCGGUUAAGUGUUAUGCUUAGCAUCAUGUACUUCUACUCGUCCACAACAAGAAUCCUAAUGAUUUCACUACUUGGCUUCAUCGUUUAUUUGUAUCAAGCAGGUUGGCUAAACUGGCGAAGACAAGCAAGAGAUCAAGUCGAAAAUGAUGAACAGAAUCAACAAAACGAAGAUAACCAAGAUAGGCAGCAGCCUGGCGAAAAUGAAAAUCGAGAAAGAAGUGAAUCAGCAGAGGGAGAUGAAGAAAAUGACUCAAAUAUACCCCAGGAAAAUAUCCAACCACCUGAAAUAAGCCCUUUUAGAGCACAUAUAAACCUUCUUUAUACGUUUGUGACCUCCUUUUUUACCUCAUUAGUGCCACAAGCAGCUCAAUAAAGGCAUAGCUCCACAUCCCAAAAUGAUACCUCGACAACUGCUUGCUACUGUUCUAAGUACGGAAUAGAUUGAGACCCUCAGCAUGCUCGAAUACUUUGUUAUCUAAUUGUUAUCUAUCUUUCAGCUAACACUCGAAUGGAUUUAUGCGAGAGUGUUAAUAAACUGGCCCUUAGUAUGUGAAAUUGGAAAUUUUAAGUCAGCCCCUAGCCAGCUCGUCCCAUUGCAAUGACAUGGGUGAAAUAAUGUUUUAACUUUGUUGUUUUUGGCACUUAGCGACGCUUGUUGUUCGCAUAAACUGCAGCAUCAGAUUUUUGCACAGUUAAAUAUUCCAGGCAUCUUAUUUGCAUUACCCUUCAUGAUACCUCGAUCGAGCUUGAGAAAAAGCGUCGAAUUUGAAAAAAAUAACUCCACUUUUAAAGAAAGGUGCCAAACAUUGAUCGACUGUGACAGGAAUCGCCAAACUAGGCAUCCCCAUCACAUUCAACCAAUCAAAUGCAUCGGACAUGCAAAGGUAACUAAAGUCCUUUUGACCUAGAAUUUGGAUUUCAUUAUAUAAUUCGAAUACAUGUCUGUCAGGUAUACAUGUCAGUAUACAUUUGUCAUACUGUCUUCAUUUCCACAAUCUGAAAGCUUUUUACAACAUAGGUAAAAGUUAUUAAGGCGAUUGUGUAUUUUACUUUUAAUAAGUCACUGGGUUCUUGUUGGGAAAUUCCCAUUAAAUGCGUAUUUCGUUUGUGUAAUAUGUAAAAUGUUGUCGUCAAAUAAUUUUCGUAAUCGUGUUAAUUAUUAAUAUUUCGACUAUUUCAGAGUUUGGAGUUGAUUAUUAAGUGUAACUGGUCGAAAAAUCUAUUAUGAUAUUUUGAAAUAAUUACAAGCAUAGGUUUAGAAUAUUUGAAGUUUAUUUGAGCAACUCCUUAACGUCUGUACGUACUUGACUUAAUUUAUGUCAAAUAUAUUUCUUAUUAAGAAACCUGAAAUAACAAAGUCAAAUGUUGAUUGCCUAGUGCAUCAGGCUUUGUGACAGUUUGAAA